AUGACCCUGACCGCGCCCGCCCACUUCCCCCAUGCGUGCUCGCCGCGCUCAUGGCCGCGCCCUGAAUGCCCCCCCGGCCGUGCACACCGCUCCCUAGACGCGCCCAGGUGCGCGCCCGCCGUUGCCGCCGCGUUCUGCCCACCUGUCGCUGCUCGCGCCACCGCGCCCGCCUCCGCUCGCCACUGCUGCUGCUGCACUGCUCCGCCCGCGCGCGCACGUCCCCGUGUUGCAGCGCCCUCUGCUCCCCCCUGCCGCGUGCCCCGACCGCAUCGGCCGCGCCCGCACGCCGCGUGUGGCCACGCCUCCUGCUCCUCGACGCUGGUCGCCCGCGGAUCCUCCGCGCCCCUGGAGCCCCUCGUUAGCCGCUUGGUCGCUCCCUCGUCGGCCACCUCCGCCCCGCACUGCCAAUCGUCGGCGCCGUCCGCUGCUGCCGGCCCGCGGGGGCUCGGACCACGCCGCCGCCUAGGACCACCUCGUUGGCGCCUCCCCUCCCCCGACGCCCACGGCGCCGAGGCCACCGUCACCUUCCCCUCCCUCGCGGGAUCUCCUCCUCGUCGGCGUCGCGUCAACGUCCUCUUCCUCAACCCCCACUGCCUAGACGCCACGGCCCCGUGGUGUGGCCCCGGCAUCUCCUCCUCCUCCCCUGCUCCGGCCACUUCGGCCAGGGCCUCGCCCACCGGCGUCCGCACGCGCGUGCAUGACCCUGACCGCGCCCGCCCGCUUCCCCCGUGCGCGCUCCCGUGCUCAUGGCCGCGCCCUGAACGCCCCCCCCCGGCCGUGCACACCGCUCCCUGGAAGCGCCCAAGCGCGCGCCCGCCGGCGGCCGCGCCUCUGCCCGCUCACGCCCGAGCCCACCGAUGGCUGCGCCGCCUGCUCGCGUUGCCGCCGCGCUCUGCCCAGCUGCCGCUGCUCAAGCCACCGCGCCCGCCUCCGCUCGCCACUGCUGCUGCUGCACUGCUCCGCCCGCACGCGCACGUCCCCGCAUCGCCGCGCCCUCUGCUCCCCCUGCCUCGUGCCUCGACCGCGUCGGUCGCGCACGCGCGCCGCUUGUGGCCACGCCUCCUGCUGCUUGAUGCUGGUCGCCCGCGGAUCCUCCCCGCCCCUGGAGCCCCUCGUUAG